UCAAAACAAUACAUGGUUUAGGUGAUCGGGUGCCAAUCAUAAAUUGUGUUACAGGAUGCUAGCGAAAUGUAUCGCUAUUCGUUGUUAAUUGCUCAACGCCAACAUGAAUAAUCAAGGAUGAAAAGGCACUAGUUAUGGAUUUAUCAAAACAUUGCAGUUUUUGAAGUUUUGUUGGACAAUAAGCAAACCAAGCUGCGAGGAUUUGAAGGGUAUCAAAUUUUCUCCUCGGUGUACAAAGGCUUAUUAAUGGCCUGUAAGAAGGUUAGAUAUUGGUGUAUGAUGUUUUUGAAAUCCGCAUUUUAUGGGAGAAUCGCGAGCAAAUCGACUUAACAAGUACGGCAGUACAAAGGAAUGGUCCUGGCGAACUCGAGUGAUGCGUACAGCUGGAAAUCAUCAACAGUAAUUUUCAGAGCUCAUCACCAAAUUGGCACCAAGGUAUCUCAAGUUAAAUGCCCUGUUGGCUGCUGUGCAAAAAUUUCCAAGUGUACUUUGGUCGUUCCUUGUGCAGCGAUGAUACAAAGUAAUACUGCAAUUCGAUCAUAAUGUUCAGGCCGUUAAUGUUUUUACUCGUCUGCUUCAAAAUGGUUUCUGAGGUCGACAGCGGAGCAAGAUAUUCAGGACCUGUUAUAAUGAAGAAGUCAAUGCAUUCGAUGCUCAAACUGAAAUGUAAGAUUCGAGUUGAAAAUAUACGGUGGUUCAAAGAUGGCCGAAGAAUCGCCAUGGAAGUGAGGGGGCAUUACUCACUACGAAACGGUGGAAGGAAACUGAUAAUUCAACGGCUGACCAAGUCUGAUGCUGGUAUUUACACAUGUAAAAACUCAGAAACGAAAAGAAGCGUGAUAAAUUACAAUGUUGUGGUUACAGAACGUUCUGGAUCGCCCGUGUUCAUCGAAUACAGCAAGAUGGAGAGACAGCAGCUAUCUAUACUGACGCACGGCGAUAACGUUCAAUUCACCUGCCUCGCAGAGGGCCAAUCACCAAUGAAAUAUCAGUGGCUCAAAAAUGGUCAAGCCAAUUGGAAGCGAAGAGUGAGAGAGACAAAUACCUCACAUCACACGUUGAAACUGAACGAUCUUGUGUUGUCGGACAAUGGCAACUACACGUGCAGUGUAUCGAAUCAUUAUGGAUCCAUUCAUCACACAUUCAACCUUAAUGUAAUCGAGUCAACUAAAGCGAGACCAUAUUUACAGCCGGGUUAUCCCCAAAAUCGAACUGUAAAAAUUAAUGGAAGUACAGUACUGAAAUGCUAUGAUAUUCUUGGUGGCAUGAACAUGGCGCAUUUUCGAUUUUUGCAUUGGAAGGGAAACCCUCCAAACCACAUGAAUGUGAAGUUUGUGAAAGAUGCAAAUGAUUUAGUUCGGCCUUAUAAUGGAACACAGAUCGGGACAGAAUAUCAUUAUACUUCAUCUAUAGAGAUCAAUAAUAAGAAAUACCACGGAGUGUUGUUGUCGCUGCAAAAUUUAACUUACAGCGACGAGGGUUGGUACAGCUGCGUCGCCUGCAACCACGUUGGAUGUUCUAUUGAGUCAGGUUAUAUCAAAAUUGUUGAAACAAAAGACGGAGCAAAGAAAGGAAAGGAAAAAGAGGAAAAGCAAGAAAACUUUGGACCAACUGAAAUUGCGAAGAGCAAACAGCUUUCGUCAAAGAUUGAACCUGAGCAGCAGAAGAGGUCGAACUUUUUAACUACAUUGAUUGUUGUUGCGGUUGUCGGACUUUGCUGCCUGUUUUUAUGUAUUGCCAUGACCACUGUCUGGAAAUUAUAUAAAAAGAAAAAGGGGAAGAAAAACAAAGCACGAGCAGAACUCAUUGAAAAGAACCCUGCGAAUAUGGGUGGGUCUGGUGAAAAUGUUGAAAUUGAGCCAAAGUCGACGAUUGUGUCUUUUACGAGGACCAGAAUGAUAUCGAACAGCUCAAUGAUAAGUUCCGUUUCUCAUCUGCUUUCGUCAGAUAUUUGUGGUCAGCAUAGCUCUAAACAAAAAGUAUACGACAUUUUCGAAUCAAUUUGCGAUGGAGAUACUGAAUUGUGCAGAGACUCGUUGAUCAUCGGAGAGACACUUGGUGAAGGUGCAUUUGGCGUAGUAUUAAAGGCGGAAGCUCAAGGAUUGACGCAUAAAACAGAAAAGAAGUAUGUUGCAGUCAAGAUGCUAAAAGCUGAUGCAACCGAAAAUGAAUUAUUGGACCUCCUUUGUGAGACUCAGACAAUGAAAAGAAUUGGAAAACACAGAAAUAUUAUAAGUUUCAUUGGAUGCUGCAUAAAAAAUGGGCCACUAUACGUUGUCGUUGAAUAUGCACCCCACGGCAAUCUGAGACAGUUUCUUCGAACCAAGAGGCCGACGUUUCCUGAGUCUGUGGAUCAACGAGUAGAGCCACCCUUAACCUUACAGGACCUGGUUUCUUUUUCGUUGCAAAUUUCUAAAGGGAUGGAAUUUCUCGCCAGCAAGUCGUGUAUCCACCGUGACCUGGCAGCUCGUAAUGUUUUAGUAGGAGAAGAGUUCACAAUGAAAAUUGCCGAUUUUGGGUUGGCGAGGACGGUCAGAGAGGCUGACUAUUAUAGAAAAACUACGACAGGCCGCCUUCCCGUGAAGUGGCUUGCAAUCGAGGCUCUGUUUGAUCGCGUGUAUACAACACAAAGCGAUGUAUGGGCAUACGGUGUUCUGCUUUGGGAAAUAUUCACACUUGGAGGAUCUCCGUAUCCAGGAAUUCCGGUUGAAAAGUUGUUUGACCUCCUAAAGCUUGGAUACAGAAUGGAACAGCCUCAAGGUUGUCCAAAAGACAUAUAUGACCUGUUCCUGAAGUGCUGGUUUGAAAAUCCAAAUGAAAGGCCUAGUUUCAAGGACAUCUGCUCAAACCUACAAGCUUACCUUGAAAACUUAGCUGGUUCCGAUUAUUUGGAAAUACUUGCAGACAUGCCUCUAAAACACGAGAGUCAAGAGAAUUCAGAUGACUGUGAUUUUAGCAACCGACUCAGUGGCGAACUCUCUGAAGGGGAUGACCAAGUUUUCGACGACCCCGAAACUGAACCACUUCGGAAUGGAAUAGCGUUGGAGGGCGGGGAACUGAAUGAGUCAAAUGUUUAGCAAAAGGCUUUGUAGUGAAGCCCUGUUGCUGAUACUCGGAUGCCUGUUGUGAACGCCAUGUUGCAACUGGUAAGGCGUGUUGGUGAGCUGAAAAUGGAUGGUUUAUUCUCCUUCAUGGUGACAGCCACCUAGCAUGGUAGCUUUGCUGCAAGAAAUAUAUACGUAAGAUGAUAAAGUAUGUUUAAUUGGAAAAAGUCUGAGCAUUCUUUAGAGAUUCUUUGUUUGCUAGUGAGCUAUUUGCCUCGAAGUCAGCAAGAGUCUGCUAUAACACAUUUCGGAAAAUCACACGGAAAAUCUCUACCCAGCCCAAAGUUGUUACUUGUCAUAUUUGUGGGAGAGGCUUCAGUCCUGUGCCAAGUCUAUUACGUACAGUGUUACUUCAGCUAUCCACAAGCAAAAACUACUCGAGUGAACGUACCAUUUUUCUAACUGCCUAGGAACGCAAUAUUUUUCGAGUGAUUGCAAGCUGGCCUAAACAGAUUUAUUUUCGAAUUAAAUCGAUGUGUUUCCGAGCAGUUGAAUUUUUUAACUAUGAUUCCAUGUUAGAAUAAAAGUGACUGCAAGUAGAAAAGAUACUUGGGAGCAAAGGUUUUCUUUUCACAAAAGAAAAAUAAACCCCAGCCUUACCCACUCUCCCACCAAGGUUAAAAACUUCAACCAUAGUCUUGUGCCAUACUGUGACUUUAAUUACAUCUGCAAGUAUUGUAAGUAUAUAAGUACAAAACACACCAUAUCGUGUGAAGGUUGAACGCCAGUAGUUUGUGAAUUAUUGAUCAACUGGUGUAGAAAAGGCAGUAGUUUUUCUACUUUUUUGUGUCACAAGUCAGAGCUGCCAAUCAAUUAGAUAAUUCUAAAAUGAUUAUUAUAUUUUCGUACGUGAACGUUUGAUGCAUCAUACAACCAUAUGAAUGUGUUAUAUAUAAAAGUGUAUUACUAGAAAUUCAGCAGUAUGCUAUGAUUAUUUAGUGGUUGAACGUUGAUGACCAUGUUGAAUUUUAAGGGAAAUUUAAAAUGUACCGAAGGUUGCUUUUAAUUGAAACAAGGAUUUAUAAUCUCACCAGGUGGUCCCCAAAUUCUUUCCUUGAAAAUACCCCUUGAAAGUAUCCAACUUUCUUCUCUUCCCAGUUUUGAUUUGAACCGGUUUUACCGCCAGGUUUUGAGUCCUCUGAAAGACUAUUCUAUAGGGCUACAGUUAGUGUUUUGCCCUUGAUCAAAGGAUCGUUGCUUUAGUUAAUCAAUUCUCAAUGUGCAAACAGACAAAAACAUCUUGUGGGUGAUAUUCAAGAUCACAGAAGAAGACACAUUAAAAAUGUAGAUGCCAGGUGAAAUUCCUUAAGAAAACAUUUAUGUUAGGUUUUGAAUGUGAUUUCAAUAAAGAAAAGUGUUAAAAUGAAGUAAAACUGGUGAAAGAUAUCCCCGAAAAGAGGUAAAAACAGAAGUUGUAAUUCAUUUGAUAUAAAUUCCUUGACGAAAGAUCCUUUAGACCAGAGAAGAAUAUGAUUUCUUAUAUAGAUAUUGAAAUGUUCGAAUCCAGUAUACAGAAGAUAUUUUGUCAUCGUUGUUUUAGUGUAGUAAUCUUGUGACGUCAUUUAUUAAAAUCGUGACACCUUGUAAAUAUUGUCAUAUUCACGCUCAGACUAGUUAUCAAAAUUUAGGUUGGUUACCUUAUAAUCUAGUAUUGAUAUUUGUAUAUAUGAUAUAAAGAGAGUUUUAUUGACAUUUUCAAAUAAUUGUUUAGCUAUCAGUAAGAGGAACCUAAAUUUUUAUAUAUUAUAUUGAUAAUUUGGUUUUAUUUUACUUUUAAGGCUGAUAUCAUAAGUAUCAUGAGCACGUAUUCAUGAAUACUUUUUUUAAUUUUACGGCGGAUGAAUUUCCCACUUAGAUAUCUACUUACCUUGAACAGUGAUGUACGUUAGCAGAGAGAAAAAGCUGAUACAUGCAGAUAUGUAACCAUAAAAUUUUCCUAAUCUAAGGACGAUUUUGGUCUUUUGCUUGAAG